UGUUUCGUUUACAUCGUCUUUGCAUUUCAAGAAGACUGAUAAAUGGAGAUCACCAUGAACGCCCUCCGGAAAAGAAAGACGACGCUAAGUCUUGUAGUGAAGUAGUCAAUGAGUGCUCUGAAGAAGAGAGAUCCAUCCUUCCCGCUGCCCCUGAUGACAGUGGCUACCUUGAGCCCAUACAGACCGCGAUAAGAGACGGCACAUACGAAAAUGUCACUCCAGGUAUCACUCACUUCGAUGUAGAAGGGAUUUUGAACAAAUUGCUUGAUUCUGAGGCUGUGCAGACGUUGAUCCGGAGUAUGCCUAUACAUCUUGAGGAGUAUGAUUACACCCAGUCUUCUGAGAACCUUUUAAAGAAUUGGUGUAAAGAUAUUCUACCAUGUAACAAUACGAGAGUUAUCUUGACGCCCAUGUUUGGCAUUGAAUCUACCGAUUAUGUCAACGCUAGCCACAUUAAGGGUUUUGGCGGAGGUCUGGAGUACAUUGCUUCACAGGGUCCCCUCGACACGACCGUGGGAGAUUUCUGGAGGAUGGUUUGGGAGCAGCGAGUGUCUGCUAUCAUCAUGGCUGCCAAUUUUCAUGAGACGUCUGAGGUGUUUGUUUAAUAUUGAAAAUUUGGACGAAAAACAGAUCUAAACAUAGACACAAUCUCCUGCACUUUUCAUCCUUUAUAUUUAACAGACAACUUGAGAGUAUGGAAAUUGUUUGUUUACGCACUUUUUCCGUCACAGAUGUAUCCUAACUGUCGUCUUGCCGAGUAUAUUAGGGUCGGGCCACCUCUUCAAGGGAGUGGAUUCACUGUUACCAUUCUCAAGUCACGCCUGAGAAAGGAAUUUUUUUCCUCAACGGUUCAGGUUAAUUCGGGUGCUUUCCCUUUUCUUGAGAAAGACAAAUCAUUUUUGUAUUGUUAUUCUUGUCAGCAUAUUCAUGAUUAUUUUUCUUCUAAUUAUUACCAUAAUCAUUAUCAUUAUCGUCACCAUCACAGCAUAUCACUUCCAUCACAUUCGUCAUCAUUAUCGUUAUUAUCAUCAGCAGCAUUGUUAUUAUAACUCAUGAAGCGAUAUCAUACUAACCCCCAAACCAUGGCUAUAGAUUGAGUACAACGGCGCCACGCACACCGUGGAGCACUACCAUCAUCCUAAGUGGGAGCAAAAUCCACAAAAAAACGUCAUCCGAUCCCUGGCGGCCAUGCUGCGGCAUUUCCUGGAUAUCCAUAA